AUGUCAAGAUCAACCUCUGACCAGGUGGUUCUACAAAUGGACCAACACAUUCACAAGAACCAAACCCUCGAAACACAACCCCAGAACUCCAUUGUUGGAGAUCAAGAAAAGCAGUACUCCACCAACAAGCCCCCCACAAGAGCACAACAACAAACCCUCCGUCGUCUCACCUUCUCAAAACCCAAAGCUCGAUUCGUCGAGUUCAAUCUUCCUCUUCACCACAAGCCAUUCCCUGAAUCCACCGAACUCGAACCACCCUUUGAGCCAAAUGGAAGUUAUUCAUCCACCGAUGGUGAUGAUAAGGAUGACGAAGAAGAUGAAGAAGAAGAAGAAGAGGUUGACGAUUCUGAUGGAGGAAUGGGACAAGAAAAGUACAGAAAGAAAAAGAAAAAACUCCAAUGGAGGGUUUUGAUGGAAUGGGUAUUGUUCAUUAUCAUAGUGACUUGUUUGAUCUGUUCGCUAACAGUCCCAUCUCUCAAGAACCAGUUAAAAUUCGGACUUGAGAUAUGGAAAUGGUGUUUAAUGGUGAUGGUAAUCUUCAGUGGCCGUCUUGUCUCUGGUUGGAUUAUUCGUCUACUUGUCUUUCUCAUUGAGAGAAACUUUAUGCUUCGUGAGAAGGUCUUGUACUUCGUUUAUGGGCUAAGAAAGAGCAUCCAAAACUGUGUGUGGUUAGGUCUUGUUCUACUUGGAUGGACCUUCAUGUUCAGUCCAGAAGUGCACCAGAAGAACAAGGUGGUUAAGAAAGUCUUUCAAGCUCUUGUCGCUGUACUCAAUGGUGCAACCAUUUGGCUCAUCAAGAUUGUUUUGGUCAAGGUUUUAGCCUCCUCGUUUCAUGUGGCCACCUACUUUGAUCGUAUGAAGGAGAGUGUGUUUCACCAUUACAUUUUAGAAACCCUCUCGGGUGAGAAUUUAACUUGGGGAAGUUUUUUAACAUGUCCCUAA